AUGUCUCUCUUCAUUAUCUCUACUAGUCGAAGUAUUUCUUCUUCUCUAUAUCGUCAACGCUUUCUAUCCUUUACUCCUCGUCUGCUUUCCUCUAAUCAAUACAACAAUGACAUCAUUCAAGCUAAAAAGCAACAACUAAAAAUUGAUCCUUCAUCAUCUAAACAAACACCUCGUCUUCGCCGUUAUCAUUAUUACUUAUUAUCUAUUGCCACUGGUGCAUUAAUCGGUACAAUCUAUGCUUUACGUCAAGUAAGAAAACAUGAAGGAAGUCUACCUGAAUAUGUUGCAAAUGCUGAAUUACUCGAACGUAAAGCUAUGGAAGCUCGUCCUUUACCACCACCGAUAACCAAACAUAUUACAUUUGAUGUUCCACCACGAAUAAAUUUUCCAUUUAAUGUAACACUUUAUCAAUUUGUAACUUGUCCAUUUUGUUGUAAAGUACGUGCUUAUCUAAAUUAUAAUCGUAUACCAUAUGAUAUAGUCGAAGUCAAUAGUGUAACACAAAAAGAAACGAAAUGGUCUUUAUAUAAUAGUGUACCAAUAGUUGUUAUUGAAAAUGAACAGAUACAAUUAAAUGAUUCCAAUAUGAUUAUAUCAGCUAUUGAAUCUUAUUUACGUCAACCAACAAAAACAUUUAAAAAUAUAAUGAAAUUAUAUAAAUCAGUUGUUGAAAAAGACCAAAAAGGAAAUUUAAGUUUUAAUUAUCCGAAUAGAUAUUUUAUUAUUGAACCAUUAAUAAAUGAUCGACUAGACACGAUUAAAGAAGAACAAGAACGAAUAGUUCAUAAUCAAUCAAAGUCAUUUUUUGCUAGACUUUUUUCAAGAUUAACAUUUCAAUCUGAAAUCGAUUCAAAAAAAAUUCAAAACGAAACUAUCAAUAAACCAAAAUCUAAUGAAGAAAAUGAAUUUGAACGUCAAUGGCGUGAAUGGGUUGAUAAUAAAUUUAUGCAUGUAAUAUCACCAAACAUUUAUAGUACAUUAAGACAAUCACUUAAUACAAUGCAUUGGUUUUCAAAAGCUGGUGACUGGGAAGAAAUAUUUCCAUGGUAUCAACGUUGGAUUUUUGUUUAUCUUGGAGCUGUUACUAUGCGUGGUUUAGCAAUAUAUCUUAAGAAAAAAUAUAAUUUAAAUGACAAUGUUAGAAUUUCUUUAUAUGAAUGUGGAAAUGAAUGGGUUAAUGCUAUUGGUGAUAAAGAUUUUAAUGGUGGAUCCGAACCAAAUCUAGCUGAUUUAUAUGUUUAUGGUAUUCUAACAGCUAUUCAAGGAAGUGAAGCAUUUCAAGACCUUAUGACUAAUACAAAAAUUCAACCAUGGUUUGAACGUAUGAAAAAUUUAGUUGAACCUCAUCGUAUUGACACUUCAAUAAUGACGAUCAUUGAAUGUACUGGUUGUACCUUAAUUGCAUAUGGAAUACCUUUUUCAAUGUUUGUAUUUACAAUUGCACAUCAUCCAUUUCGUAUUAUUAUUGCAAUGACAAGUGCAUUUUUUUGGUUAUUAUCAUUAUUAUUAUCUUCAUUACUUUGGUUUAUGGUUGUUCCAUUACGUAAUCAACUUGCAUUUGCAGUACCAUUUGCUGUUUUAUUUCAAGAAAUAUUUCGAUAUUUAUUUUAUCGUGUUAUUAAAAAAGCUGAAUUUGCUUUACAAAAAGUUCAAUUGCAAGAAUUAACAGAAAAAGGAAUGGUUUUUGAUAGAUUUGCUGUUGCAUAUGCUGCUGGUUAUGGCUUUGGUUUCAUAAGUGGAACAUUUGCUAUUGUUAAUGUAUUGAGUGAUAUGACUGGUCCAGGUACUAUUGGAAUAUUUGGACAUUCACAAGAUUUUUUUAUUGCUACAGCUUUUCUGACAUUAGCUAUUAUUCUCUUAAAUACAUUUUGGGGUGUCGUUUUGUUUACAUCAUUAGAUAAAGGUGGUAUUCAUCAAUAUCUGGGUCCAGCAGUUGUUGUUUUAACACAUAUGCUUUUUUCUUGUCUUACUUUAUUUAAUCGAACAACAAAACCAACUUAUUCGAUUUCAAUUAUAACUGGUUAUGUCAUUUUAUGUGGAAUGAUUUCAUAUGCAUUAUUUUUACGUGGAUUUAAUAUACGUCAAAGAUUAAUUCAUACUACAUAUAAUAUGUCAUCGUCAACAGCACCAAAAAAAAUUUCAAUUGUUGGUUCUGGUAAUUGGGGAAGUACCAUGGCUAUUCAUAUUGCUGAAAAUGUUCGUGAAUUAAAAGACCAAUAUGAUCAAAAAAUUUUAAUGUGGUGUAAAGAAGAAACAUUAGAUGAUGGAAGUAAAUUAACUCAAGUUAUUAAUAAACAACAUGAAAAUAUUAAAUAUUUACCACAUGAAAAAAUUCCUGAUAAUGUUAUUGCUCUACCUGAUCUUAGUGAAUCAGUUAAAGAUGCUGAUAUACUUAUAUUUGUUAUACCUCAUCAAUUCGUUAAAAAAACUUGUGAAGAAUUAAAAAAUAAAAUAAAACCAACGGCAUUUGCAUUGACAUUAAUUAAGGGAUUUUAUAUUGAUGAACAAACAAAUGAGCUUUUAUUGGUUUCACAAAUAAUUAAAAACACAUUAAAUAUUCCUUGUCUUUGUUUGAUGGGAGCUAAUAUUGCUCAUGAAGUAGCUGAAAAAGUGUUUUGUGAAGCAACAGUUGGUUCACGUGAUGAACAACAUAGUGAAAUAGUUCGACAAUUAAUUGAUACGCCUGUUUUUCGUUUACGUUUUUAUCCUGAUGUUGAAAUUAUUGAAAUACUUGGUGGUGUAAAAAAUGUUAUUGCUAUGUGUGCUGGCUUUGCCGAUGGUUUAAAAGCUGGUUUUAAUACUCGAGCUGCUGUUCUUCGAUUAGGUUUUCGAGAGAUGGUUAAUUUUUGUCGUCUACAUGAAAAAGAAUCAACGGCAGAAAUUUAUUUAGAAUCAUGUGGUUUUGCAGAUUUAAUUGCAUCAUCAUUAGGUGGAAGAAAUUAUAAUGGAGCAAAAAAAAUGGCUGAAACAAAUAAAUCAUUAAAAGACAUUGAAAAAGAAGAUCUUAAUGGACAAUCAUUACAAGGUCCUGGAACAGCUAAAGAAGUUUAUCGUUUUCUUGAAGCAAAAAAUUUAUUAGAUCAAUUUCCUAUGUUUCGUGAUGCUUAUCUUAUUUGUGAACAAAAAAUUGAACCAAAAAAAUUAUUAGAAAAUUUAACUAAUCAUCCUGAAUUUCAUCGAAAAUAA